AGAGAGAAAAUAGGAGUAGGCUAGGUAAAGAGAAAGGUGUGUGCUGCAGGCAGAGGGCAAAGGUCAGGAGGGAAAUGGCCCGCUGAAAACUCUGGGGGUUGUAAGCAGGAGGGAAUCAUGGAAUGGUAUGGUGAGGAGUGGCCAAAGGAACAGAGACACUCAGGGGCCCUGUGGAGCAAAGGGCUUUAUAAGCCCCGAGGAGGAAGCUUGGCUUCUUCCCGGGCGCAGUGGGGAGCCACCUCAGUGGCCAGGCUGGGAGAGGCUGAAUCGGGUUUGCAUUUUCAGGAACACCCUUUGACUACAGCUUGGAGGACGGUGACCAGGGUUGGUACAAUAGGCUUCACUAGACUUAGCUGCAACUCAGAAUUUCUCCUCCAACACCUGAGUAAAUGCUGAUGGUCUUGUGGAGAGUGGAUUAAAAGUACGAGCUAAGUUCUCAAUCCCAAUUACGAAGCGGAGGAAAAUUUAAACUGUCUCCUUCCAAGUUUAUCACAACCACCACCAUCAAGACAGCAAACCAAAGGACAAAGACUUUGACCUGCUGUGUCUGUGUAGUCCAGUUCACGUACGGUUUACAGACUUGGCUGGGGUUACUAAUAAGUCAUAAAAAGUUGGACACUUCUGUCAUUUGGACAUUUUUAUUCACAAGUGACCAGAAUGAGGGCUGUACUGGAGACAGCAGACAUUGCCAUAGUGGCCCUGUAUUUUAUUCUGGUCAUGUGCAUUGGUUUUUUUGCCAUGUGGAAGUCUAAUAGAAGCACCGUGAGUGGAUACUUCUUGGCGGGGCGCUCUAUGACCUGGGUAGCGAUUGGUGCCUCUCUGUUUGUGAGCAAUAUUGGGAGUGAGCACUUCAUUGGGCUAGCAGGAUCUGGAGCUGCCAGUGGAUUUGCAGUCGGCGCAUGGGAAUUCAAUGCCUUACUGCUUUUACAACUUCUGGGCUGGGUUUUCAUCCCAAUUUACAUCCGGUCAGGGGUAUACACCAUGCCCGAAUAUUUGUCCAAGCGAUUUGGUGGGCAUAGGAUUCAGGUCUAUUUUGCAGCCUUGUCUCUGAUUCUCUAUAUCUUCACCAAGCUUUCAGUGGAUUUGUAUUCAGGUGCCCUCUUUAUCCAGGAAUCCUUGGGUUGGAACCUUUAUGUGUCUGUUAUCCUGCUCAUUGGCAUGACUGCUCUGCUGACUGUCACUGGAGGCCUUGUUGCAGUGAUCUACACAGACACUUUACAGGCUCUGCUCAUGAUCAUUGGGGCACUCACACUUAUGAUCAUUAGCAUGAUGGAGGUUGGCGGGUUUGAGGAAGUUAAGAGAAGGUACAUGAUGGCUUCACCCAAUGUCACUUCCAUUUUGUUGACGUACAACCUUUCCAACACAAAUUCUUGUAACACCGAUCCCAAGGAAAAUGCCCUAAAAAUGUUGCGAGGUCCAACAGAUGAAGAUGUUCCAUGGCCUGGAUUUGUUCUUGGGCAGACCCCAGCCUCAGUAUGGUACUGGUGCGCUGACCAGGUUAUCGUGCAGAGGGUCUUAGCAGCCAAGAACAUUGCUCACGCCAAAGGCUCUACUCUUAUGGCUGGCUUCUUGAAGCUUCUACCAAUGUUUAUCAUAGUUGUGCCAGGAAUGAUUUCCAGGAUACUGUUUACUGAUGAUAUUGCUUGCAUCAACCCAGAGCACUGCAUGCAAGUGUGCGGAAGCAGAGCCGGGUGCUCCAAUAUUGCAUACCCACACCUGGUCAUGAAGCUGGUGCCUGUGGGCCUUCGGGGUUUGAUGAUGGCCGUGAUGAUUGCAGCCCUGAUGAGUGACCUGGACUCGAUCUUUAACAGUGCCAGUACCAUAUUCACCCUUGAUGUGUACAAACUCAUCCGCAAGAGUGCAAGCUCCCGGGAACUAAUGAUUGUGGGCAGGAUAUUUGUGGCUUUUAUGGUUGUGAUCAGCAUAGCAUGGGUGCCAAUCAUUGUGGAGAUGCAAGGAGGCCAGAUGUACCUUUACAUCCAGGAGGUGGCGGAUUAUCUGACCCCUCCCGUGGCGGCUCUCUUCCUCCUGGCAAUCUUCUGGAAGCGCUGCAACGAGCAAGGGGCAUUCUAUGGUGGAAUGGCAGGCUUUAUUCUUGGAGCUGUCCGUUUGAUACUGGCGUUUACAUACCGUGCCCCAGAAUGUGACCAACCUGACAACCGGCCGGGCUUCAUCAAGGACAUCCAUUAUAUGUAUGUGGCCACAGCGUUGUUUUGGAUCACAGGACUCAUUACUGUGAUUGUUAGCCUGUUCACAGCACCUCCCACAAAGGAGCAGAUUCGCACCACCAUCUUCUGGUCCAAGAAGAUCGUGGUAACGAAGGAGAGCUGCUCUCAGAGAGACGAGCCGUACACAAUGCAAGAGAAGAGCAUCCUGAGGUGCAGCGGGAGCGCCGAGCCCAUCAACCAGGUCAUUCCCAAUGGGAAAUCUGAGGGUAGUAUCAAGGGCCUUCAGCCAGAAGAUGUUAAUCUACUGGUGACAUGCAAAGAGGAGGGCAACCCAGUGGCUUCCUUGGGUCACUCAGAGGCCGAAACUCCAGUGGAUGCUUAUUCCAAUGGGCAAGCUGCUCUCAUGGGUGAGAAAGAGAGAAAGAAAGAGACGGAGAAUGGAAGUCGGUACUGGAAAUUCAUAGACUGGUUUUGCGGUUUCAAGAGUAAGAGCCUCAGCAAGAGGAGUCUCAGAGACCUGAUGGAUGAGGAGGCCGUUUGUUUACAAAUGUUAGAAGAGACUCCACAAGUUAAAGUAGUACUAAAUAUUGGACUUUGUGCUGUGUGUUCGCUUGGAAUUUUCAUGUUUGUUUAUUUCUCCAUAUGAACUUAAGGAUAUGGUGAGACACUUAAGAAAAUACUGAUCUUUGGGAAAAAAAAAUGUAACUGUUGCAUCUCUCAGGCAUUGUUUACGCUGAAGGUUUUAGCCAAAUUUUACUUAGUAGAAAAUCAUCUAUUUGCAAGACUUUAUUUCCCCAGAGAUGGACAAAAGUAAAUCUUCAAUUUAAAUGAAGCAAAACAGACUGAAUUGUGUAAAAAUGUGGUUUAGAAUUUUCCAUACCAAAGUUAAGGAGAGACCAUUCGUUCUCAUAGGUCACAUAGAGAAGAACAUAUGUUAAGGUGUCAUGGGUAAGGUGUUGUCUGCACUGCCAAGUCUCAGUAGACCUUACGAUGAAGUAGAUUUGCUCAUUUGUAAGUUUUUUGUCUUUGUAAUACCCACUGUGAUAAACUGAAUUUGUAGAGACUGAUCAGUUAUAUAUUGAAAGUCUAAUAUGCUUGGAUGGUAAUAAUUUCAGGACAAAUUAGUUUGCCAGGUCUUUUUGUUAGCAUGAGUCUAUGGAUUCUGCUUGCCCCGAGAAAGGAAGAAUGUUCCCCUGUAGGUAUUUUUGUACCACCUGUAUGUAGACUUUUGGGAGGUGGUGAUGGGCUUUAGCCCAGUCCCGCUCCCUAAGUUUUGUUUCCCUUCUGUCAUGGAAGCUUAAGUGGACCAUACUCAACUACCAAGUCUGUCUAUAAAGUUACUUGUUACAGUUGUGUUUUUUUUACAUUAUUAUGAGGGGGAAGUAAAUGUUGCUGAUGAUCCCCCCCCAGAUGUUGACCAAAUUAAAAUUAUUUUAAAAUACAGUUUGGGAAUUACCAGCUAUAAAGUAGCACUUGAUUAACUUAUGCUAAAUAUUUUCUAGCUUCUUCAUGUCAUUUUUAUAGCAUUCUUUGUUAAUUGGCCAAGAGCCUUUCCAACUGGAUCCAAUUGAAAGAUAGUGUCCAGUGUUGUGAGGAAGAGUAGACAUAGCUUUUGUGUGCUGGGAGGGAAAAGUCUAAAUCUGAGACCAUAUUCUAUUCCUCACAAGUUCUUUUCCUGAUUUUUGUUUUUCUCAAAAGAUGUGCCAUUGGCACAUAGCCUCUGCAGCUUUAUAUCCGUAGUCUGUCAGAGCAUGAGGGUGUUUCAGUAGAAGCUGGUCGUUAAGUAAUAGGAAACUGGAAGUGUACACUUGCCAUUGAUGAGUUAUCUUUGUAGGCUUUCUGUGGGAUGGAUACCAUGUUCAGAAGGUGCCAGGAACAACCAGUGUUGCUUGUAGAGAACAUUGGAAGACUUGUGAUGAUAGAUUUUAUCUUGACAUGGCUUGGUGCUCAGUUGAAAUAUCCAUGGGUAACAAGUCUUUUUCACAGGCUAUUUUUCUCCUCAGUGAACUAGGAUACAAAAGAUGUUAGAGAAGAAUUUUACAGAUGACGUAGGUCUGUGUCCUCAACACUGCCCCUUUUCCUCUGAAAGAUGAAGAAAGCCAAUUGUGUAUCUACUUUCUUUGACUUUCUGUAAGCUGAUAACUUUUUAAAAUGCAUGAUUUUUAUUAAGCCUUGUACUUAGGAAAAAUUAAUUACUUUUAUAGGUAAUUUUGUAGAUUUUGAAUCAAAACUCAGUCCUAAUACUAAAUUUUUUUGUAAUACAUAAACUAGUUUGUUAGUGAUGGACUUGACUAGUCCGAAGUUGAUUUUAGGAACUAUCAGGUAGCAUACUGUCUUCCUGUUUUCAGGAGGUUUCUGAUGGACUGAGUCUGUAGGUUAAAAAGAACUAAAUGUUUGAAUGGCAUGUAUUUCUGAAGAGCUUAGAGUGCCUUGUACAUUUUAUUCCUCUCACUUUCAUUCUUAAGAUUUGUCAACUAGGGGCCAAAUAGAUAGAAGGACCAUUCUUUCUUGAGUGGAGGUUGAGGCUGUGACGUGUCCAGGGUUACGAAACCUAUUUGGGAAGAACAGAAAUCAGUUCUCCAGAUCUGGAUUCAGAGUUUGUCCAGAUAUAUUUGGACAAAUGGUUUGAGCUAUUUUUUUUUUCAAAGGAAGAGUUCUUCCUUUGUGAUAACCUUUUGACAUUUGGGCAAGUAAUGGGAUCUUAGGUUUUCCAAAUUGGCAUUAGUUGCAGGAGUUAACAUUUUCUUUGGCUCUGAACACAUUCCUGUGUUGACACUUCGGAUGGGCAGCCAGCGUGCCUGUCCCUCCUGUUUAUAGCAUCAUUCUCUCCCCAUUUGUUAUUUAAUGUUGAGUCCUAAUAGCUUUGGAGUAUUAGGAUUCCCUUCACUUUCCUCUGCUGUUGUCUUAGUAAGAUCCACAAAAAUGCAUCAUCUUGUGUCUAUUGAUGGGCAGUAGCAGUAGCCAAGUUUAGAGUCUAAUGUCUGUAAAUAAGGGUGACUUAACAUCAUUAAACUGUUCAUUCUUACUAGUACAAGCAUCAUUUAGUAGUCUGAAGUCCCCGAGGCUCUUCCUUCUUACUGCUUCCCAGUAAGGGGUAGGGUAGUGUGCUCAAAGAAGUGUGUGAAUUGCUGGGGGCAGCCUCAUUUCAGGGGCCCAGUCUUCAGUGUAAACUUCAGAAGAAUGAGUGUUCCUGGAGUGACGCACACACUGUCUUAAGCUGUAACAUUUCCAUACUUUAUCUGCAUACAUGAAUCUUUAAAGGUGACACAGAUCUGCAGAUAAUAAUAUGUAACUAAGAGUGGUGGUACUGACUAAAACAGUGGCUGAAAGUCAGAAUGGAGCUGGCGAGACUACUAGUCUACAAAGCAGAAAGAAAUACCAUCUGACCUAUGCUAUGACUGGUUCCUUGCUCCUAGGUGUUUGUCUUAUCAGACACUCUACAAGCAGAUUUGAUGAAAGGGUUUACUCUCCAGCAUGCAGAAUGACUGUGGGCUCUGUUGUGGGACUGAGAACUUCUCUCUUACCUUGGGAGAUUCUGACCUGCCACACAGGAAUAAGCAGCUGAGCCACUCUCUCCUUCAGCUGAUCUUUUCAGGAGGUGAUCUUUUGUCUGUAGAGAAGUGUCAAGCAAUAGCACUGAUCCUUUGGCCCAAAUUCAGUAGAUCUGAUCACUAGGGCUUCCUUUGCACUUACUUGGCUCAAAGGAUCCAUUAUUUUGCACAAAGAAGCUGCCCAGGGUCUGUACCCAUAACUUAGGAAGGGCACUGCAAGAGAGGAGCAGGCCCUUCCCUCUGAAACUUCCUGUUUUAACAAUCAAUGGCAAAGAUGUUCAGCUCUAAUCUGAAGCUAAACAGGAGGUAAAAGUCUUGUCCGUGGCAAUUCAGAAUCUUGAGAAUUCUACCUCCUGGGUUUUUAGCUUCUUUCUGUGUCAAAGGUGCAUGAUCCUCCCCUCUCUUUUGGAUACCAUUUAAUGUCAUCUAGGUCCCCCCCCCCCAAAAAAAAAAACAGCUUUAUUGUUAGCCACCAAAGGAUUACGUCAUUCAGCAUUCCUACUUGGAUUAUGAUUAAGAUUAGGAUUGCUUUAUUUCUUCAUGCCUUAUCCCCUGUCUUAUUUUACCUGAAGUGUGGUAACUGAAAAGGGACCAUAUGGGAGUGACACCUCCCCCAUUUCCUAGAUUUGUGUUGAGAAAAAAGAUGUGCUCAAGACCAGUCUUGUUAUGUGAUCGUAAAGCCUACCCAAUAGAAAGUUCUUCUAAGUCAAAAACUAGGGUGAGAUCUUGACAAGUCCCUGGAUGUGAUAUAGAUGUGAACAGAUUGGUAAAGAACAAACAUUGGUAAAUAAAAAAGUCUGGGCAUGGUGGCACACACCUUUCAUCCCAGUACUCAGGAGGCAGAGGUAGGGGGAUUGCUGUGAAUACGAGGCCAGCCUGAGACUUAAUGCCAGGUCAGCAUGGGCUACAGCAAGACCCUACCUCAAAAAACAAACAAACAAACAAUAGAAGAAGUAGUAGUCAUCUGUAGAGAUGUUGGCAGAUGUUCACUGAAUUCUAGAACUUGAAGCCUCUGGGCUCUCAGCUGGUUUAAAUCCCCCUCUGUAUAAAUUAGAACACAGGGGGAUGACCCCAGUUUAAUGUUACUGUAAAGUGUGAAUUUAUGAGUACAGUAGAGGUAAAGUGAGUGAUAGUGGUGAUUUAUUUAAAAACAUAGUUUUAGGCUUUACUCUUCAGCCCAGACAUGUUUUACAAAUGACAGAGACUGAUCAUCUUAUCACACAUCCUUUCUCAGUUUAAUCACAUGUUCUUUAUUUCAGCCUUAGUAAAUUCCUUCUCAGCUCUUCAGUCCAGUAUGAGCAUACUGUUUUGAUGUGUAAAGUGCUGUUUUGUCCCAAUGUUGAACUUAGAACCAAGUAAUGGUUCAUUCAGACAUACGCUUAAAUAUACCAAAUUUAUAUUAGCUCAGAAUGUUGAGAACAAUAAUUUUCUCAGAAUUACUGUUGGUUAAUGGUAAAAGCAAUAGAAGUUCAGUGUUUUCAAAGUUCCAUUUCCACGAGUUAUGGAAAAAGCAAUAGUGAUAGUUCAUUAAAAAAAAAAAAAAUCCACUUGAGGGCUGGAGAGAUGGCUUACCAGUUAAGGCGUUUGCCUGCGAA